CAACUAGAAGAAUAGGGCGAAAAAAAGAAGUAGGGAUUCGCCUCUUGUGCAUGAACCCCAUGCGUGUCAUCGGACGUUCUGGGCCAUGCCUUUGACGGGUGGACCUCGCUCAGAUCCGGUGGCCCGAUGCCCGUAAGUAGCUGGAUGGAAGAUGGGCCCUUGCCACGAGGCUCCCCCCUUUCUCCGGGCGGUCCUAUGGUUCCCGCCGUACCCCGUUCUCCGAAAACGACCACCCUUGCAGAAGCUUCCCGCCCAAUUCCCUCCAUGGUACCCCGGGUUAGUAGCUGUCUUGUCGGACCCCAUCACUCUCGAUAAAAUUGGACACCUCGCCUCCAUUGAAGUCCUGGAAAUAUUCACGAUAGCCAUGAUCAAGUUCAGUUCCUUUGGCCUUCCCCUUCACCACUCACUUUCCCCGUUGCCGUCGUCCAUUCAAUCUCAUCGGCGGCACCAAGCAAUUGCGAAUUUCCCCCUUCUGUCAACUCUGAGGAUUCAGGAUUCAAUCUUGUUUCAUGCAAGUGCUAGCCCUGAAUGCGACUUCUGGGGAUUCCGACGACUGUUCUUGUUUAUCCGUUGGGUCCGUGGCCAUGGUCCAAUGAAACACCGAUCCAGGAACUUGAUAAGAAUCACAGCUUCAGCGGAACAUCGUGUUCGUCGUCUGAGUACGCAACUGAAUUCCCAACAGAACCAGAACCUGCAAAAGCGAUGAAUGCUAUUAAUUGUUUCCCGCUGAGAAUUGGUGUUCGCCGCCAGCCCGGAGAAGUGGCCCUGGAACCUUUCCGAAGGGCAGGAUGGUCUCCGUCACUAUCUGUCAGAUCGAAAGAGAAACAGGCUGUUCCAAAGCCAAAGCGAGAGACCCCUGUCGAUGUAUUUGGGCUGCCGUAGUGUAACUAGAUCGGCAGCUGUAUCUGACAUGGAUGGGGGCUUGAUAUGUGCUAUAUACCUAAUGUUCGAUCAUCUCUUAGGGAAAAGUGACAUUGUCCGUUUCAUUGUCCGAUGUUGGGGGCAUGGAUUAGAGAGCGAAAGGAAGCAGAGGCCUUACUUAUUCGGGAUAUGUAUCCUAGGAACUGAGAACAAUGUUGGCAUGGUGCGAUAGG